GCGGAAUACAAUCGUCCUUCGAUGGUGACUCCCUGCCAGACUAUGACGAGUUCGAUUCGGAAUCAGUGACGCUGCAAUACUUCAAGGAGAGAGGAUACCGCUGCUACUGCUGAACCCUGCCAUCGCCAACGCCUCCCCGCUAGCAAACUUCGUGCACAAGGCGGAAUCGAAGAAAAUCAAAGUGCUAUUUGCUACCCAAUUGUGUUUUUCCCGCAUGGCGUUGAAGAAAGUGAGAGUGUGAAUAUUGUGUCUGGCUUUCCGUGAAGCAACUUUGUUGGAUGCAGCUAUCCUGUGAGCGAACGACUACCGCCCGUCGCAGAGGAGCACCCAGAAAGAAACGAAAAGUUCUAAGCUGAUCCUACCAUAAUACAUCGGAGAGCUCAAACUUCGUUGAACAAGAACCAAUAACAAACAGUAAAUAGCGAUAAGACGCUGCCUGGUGUUAUUGUUGUUGCCAGAGAAAGAGAGAGAGAGAAAAAAGACGAAAACCCAGAGGCGUACGCAAAGCGAAAGCGAACCAAGCGCCCCGCGUGUGUAUGUGUGUUGUGUUUGUUUACGUUUUGCUUGUUUUCAUAAAUAAACCAUUCCGAGCGAGUGAGUGAAGUAGCUUUGCUUGUGUGUUAGCUGCUAAACGGAAACGGACUCCCGCGCUGCCCCUGAGUUUGUUUACCUAGGUAAACGAACAAAGAAACAGUGAUAACACAGACCGACUGACCGACCACGGGGGGUCGGGAACGAAAAGGUCACCGCUGACUGAUAAAUACUGAGUGGGACCAGUAUUCAUACAGAGAAAGAGAGAGAGAGAGAGAGAAAGACACCCUCUGGGGUAGGCGAAAAGGAAACGGAUACGCACAUUCUUACCAUCUACCCGGAACGAAACAGCACCGUACGUGGUCCCUCUCCUGACAGGAUGGCUCCAACGACGACGAUCGAAACCGUCACCAUCACUAGGCCGCUCAAGGUAAUUGCCUUCAUCUGUGGAGUGAUAGUGGGAAUAUUAAUGAUUCUCGCACUCACCUCCACCGAUUGGCUGAUGGCGGAGAGCUGGCGUCAGGGAUUGUUUGUGCACUGCAUCGAGGAAGAUUACUCGCCACCACUGCCGUUCAAUCUGCAGGAUCCUGCCGGUUGCUACUCCAGCCGCGAUGUCACCUACAUCAAAGCCACCGCUGGCCUUUGUAUUAUUACACUCUUCACCGAUAUUGUAGCGACGAUACUGACCGGUCUCGGGCUGAACACGCAGGAUCACAACCGCAAGUACAAGUACUACCGCGUCGCCGUGCUUGUCAUGAUGGUGGCAUUAAUCUCCCUGCUAGUGGCCCUCAUCCUUUACCCGGUGUGCUUCGCGGCAGAACUCAAUCUAGAUCCGAACUUCAUUGCAGGAAACCGUCCGGUGUGGGAAUUCGGCUGGGCGUACGGUGUCGGCUGGGGUGCUGCCAUCUUCCUAUUCGGUGCCGUCGUGCUGCUGCUGUGCGACAAGGAAUCCGAAGAGAUCUACUACAAGGAGAGGAAAAUAGUACACGACGCCUCGAUGCGAGACUAGGCCCGGCCACACGCCCUGCCCGAUGUUGUACUUUAGGCUUUUUAAACGAAAACGAGAAAAACUAAUUGUCGUUCACAAUCCUCUCAAAGAAAAGUGUUAUAGAGAUGAUGUACCAAACAGAAACCGUGAAAAAAAGGAAAAUCUAAUUACUUAGAGAACAAAAACAUGCAAGAAGCUAAAAACGAUACCUAAAUCAUAUUAAAUGUGCUCUAAACAACCGAAUGAAUGUUGAUUGCUAUCGUUGGAGCGUUCCCGAUUUUUGGCACUCGAUCGAUGAGCGAUAAAUUUUCGUUUCCAAAAUAGUCACAGGCCAGCUUCUACUUGGUUCGAGAUUUUCAUUAAGCCAAAUUGAUUGCAAGUCUGUUGCCAAGAUUUUUGUAAAACUGGAAACAACAUUACGGAAAACAAAACGUAGGGAAACUUUAGACCACACAAUCUCAGUGAAACCAAAAGUAAAACGAGCAAAACACGGUUCAUUUUUAUGUUUAGACGUUAGGCAGUUCAGUUAUAGACACUCGCUGGAAAUACUCAAAAUUUAACCUUUAAAAAAGAAGAAUUCAAACCCUGGAAUAUCAAAAGGAACCACCACGCAAGCAGGAAGACAGCAGCAGCAGCAGCAAGACCACAAUGCGGAGAAUGAACGCGAUUUUUUGAGAAGUUAUUAAAAAGCAAUUAGAUAAGCCGGUAAACAUCAAGAAUGUCGUCACGCAGCCGAUCUGAAGCAAUGAUAAGAUCUGAUUAGAUAUAUGAAACGUACAACUACAACAACAGCUACAGCAAAAGAACGUGACAUGGGCAAGGGUGAGGCGCCGUAAAACAAAACAAUGCUAAACUAGUUUAUACAAGAAACACGUAUUUAUUGAAACAACAAGGAAGAAAUAAGGAAACGACUCUAUUUAUACAACCAAAUUUUUUCCGAAAGAGAAUUCAGUAAGUGUAUCUGCGAAGAAGAUCAUGUGAAACACAUAUAACAGAAGGAAUUCAUUAGCGAACUAUAACUACUACAACUACUACUACUACAAGUACUAUUGUAAAAUAUUUACUCGACAAAUUGAUUUGUUUUUUAAGAUUUUUGUUUUGUGUUAUGAUAGUUUAAGGUUUUUAUUCUGGGAGAUAAAACACAGAAGAAAAUGUGGUCUUUCUUAUACAAGCGAAUAGUAUCGGAACGAAUUUUCUACUCUUAACAAUGGACACAGCAAAUAACUUGUAUAAACACAACCCUUUUCUCAUCACCAGAACUAAGAAUCACAGUACACCACUCUGAAAUAACAGCAAACACACUCACAUUCUGACAAAGCAGAGGAAGCCGAAAUCAACUACACUCACUCAUUUAAAAUUGAAGAACAAUGCAAUACACUCCAUAUCGAACAGUUUGUUCUAAAAACAUCAAGGACAGUAAAGAACAAAUCACAAACACACACACACACAAUAGACACACUUUUACAAGUAGUAGUUACUCUUGACUGCCUUCUUCUACAGGAUGAUGUAACGGUUGGCAUGUACGGAUUUGCAAACGAACGUUUUGUUUCUCUAGAUUGGAUUUCUAAUACCUAGAACGAUAAUAUAUAUUGUGAAAUACGGUUCACACAAAUAAUCAAAAUCAUAUCCACUUUUUUACAAAUGAAUGAAAUGCGGAAACAUCUUCCACGAAACGUCGGUCGUCGAAUGUAGACACAGAUUUACAUAGUGUAAUCAUUUUAUACUCACCCCCUUCCCAAAA